AGUAAUAACAAAUCCAAUGGGCUGUGUUAAAUAAACAAGAGGAAGAGUGGAGCCCAGUAAAAUGCAUUGCAGGAGAUAGAGAGAGAAAGAGAGAGAGAGACCUGACCACAACUCAAUAGCAACAGAUACCGCCAACUUAGGUUCCCCAGCCACUACUCUAACGACACCAUAGCUGUACCCAGCUGUCUUCCACCCUCAUCACCCUACCCCCCUUUCCCCUCUCUCUUUUCCCUUUUACCCUUUUUUAUGCAUUCUCCUCUCUCUCACCUCUUCAACCAUCCCCAACUAUACUCUCCUUCAACCAAUUCAAUUCCAUCAUUUUCUACUAUACAUAUCACAUUCUUCUCCCACCUUUUCCGUUUACCCAAAACACACACUCCUCUUAAACCUCACUUCCACUGCUUCCAUGUUGUUUCUACAUUUACUCCACUAGCACUCUUUUUUUUUUCUUUUUCUUAACCAAUUCAAGUUUCAACCGCCAUGGAUCCUUGUCCGUUUGUUCGUUUAACCAUCGGAAACCUCGCUCUCAAAAUUCCGGUUGCAUCAAAGCCUGCACGUUCCGUCGUUCAUCCUUCUUCCUCUCCGUGUUUCUGCAAGAUCAAAUUAAAGAACUUCCCUCUUCAAUCCGCUCUCGUUCCUUUCAUUCCUCACGAUAAUCUCUCCCCUGACUCACAAAUUCAACCUAUCGCUGCUACUUUUCAUCUCAGUAAAGCCGAUCUCGACAGACUCGCCGGAAAAAGUAUAUUCGUCAAGAAACUGUGUUUGAAAAUCUCGAUCUAUACUGGUAGGAGUGGUUCAACAUGUGGCGUUAACUCCGGGAGACUUCUCGGUAAGGUUUCCGUUCCGUUGAAUCUUACCGGAACUGUAACGAAGGCAACGGUGUUUCAUAAUGGAUGGAUUACAGUCGGAAAGGAUGCUAAAGGAGCUUCUGCACAGUUUCAUUUGAAUGUAAAAGCUGAACCUGAUCCUAGAUUCGUUUUUCAGUUCGACGGCGAACCGGAAUGUAGUCCUCAAGUUUUUCAGAUCCAAGGCAAUAUUUCACAACCUGUAUUCACGUGCAAAUUCAGUUUCAGAAACAACAGUGUUGACCGUAAUCAACGUUCUAGAUCAUUGCAAUCGGAAGUAGGAAGUUCUAGAAGCUGGUUAAGUUCAUUCGGAAGUGAACGUGAACGUCCAGGGAAAGAACGAAAAGGAUGGUCCAUUACGGUUCAUGAUCUUUCCGGUUCACCGGUUGCAGCAGCUUCAAUGGUAACACCUUUCGUUGCAUCUCCCGGUUCAGACCGAGUCAGUUGCUCAAAUCCUGGUUCAUGGCUUAUUUUACGUCCUGGAGCCGGUACAUGGAAGCCAUGGGGAAGACUCGAGGCAUGGCGUGAACGCGGUGGCUCCGACGGCCUUGGUUACCGAUUUGAACUCAUGCCGGAAACAAACGGUGGAAUGAGUGCCGGCGGAAUAGUCAUUGCGGAGUCAACGUUGAGUUUGACUAAAGGAGGAAAGUUUACUCUCGAUUUAAGUAGCCGUUGCGGUGGCGGAAGUGGUUCUAACGGUCGUGCAACGCCGGGAAGUGCGACAUCCCCGGCGUGUAGUCCAAGGGGAAGUGGUGAUUAUGGUUACGGGCUUUGGCCUUAUUGUAUGUAUAGAGGUUUUGUGAUGUCGGCGAGUGUGGAGGGUGAGGGAAGGUGCAGUAAACCUACGGUGGAAGUGAGUGUGCCGCACGUGAAUUGCACGGAAGAUGCAGCAGCUUUUGUAGCGUUAGCUGCAGCCGUUGAUUUAAGCGUUGAUGCUUGCAGGCUAUUCUCUCAACGGUUAAGAAAAGAGCUUUGCCAACAAAUGGAUUUACUUGGAUGAUUUUUGUGUCGUUUCGUGCUUUUUGCUGGCCAUGCUGUUUUUUUAAAUUUUAAUGGGGUUGUUCAUUUUGAGGAGUGAGGCAUUUUUAUUUUAUUUUACUAGUACUAACAAACAAUUUACAGGCUGUACAGGAAUGGGGUAGAGUGGGGUCUGGAUUCACGUGUGGCUUUUCCUUGAUUUUCUAUUUAUUUUUUUUGUCAAUUGUGGGAAAUCAAGAAAAGUUUUUUUUUUAUGUUAUGAUCAACUAGAGUAAUUUUCUUCAGGACUGUUGCACUGACUCAUAGCUCAUGUGUUUGUGUGCUUUUCUUUUGUUUUUUGUGGUGUAACUUUGAUUCCUUGAGUCAUCUAACGCUUAAGCUGGCUGUAAGUAAGUACUUUUACCAGUAAUCAAACUUUGAGUAUAUCGUUCUCCUAAUUAAUAGUAGCUGGCAAUUUUUAUUUUUCUA